AUGAUAGAGCAGCCAGGUUCAUCAAGCGAAGAAGAAAUACCAGUUAUUUCCACACCAACAAAGACGACUUCUUCAGACGCUGCUGUGGAACAAGCAACUACGUCUGCAGUAGAACAGCCUAGUUCAUCAAGUACUAAUAUUCCAUUGAAGAGAACACCACCUACUAUGUCGUCUUUAUAUGUUGAUGUGGAACGCACCUCAAUUUCCCCUUCAGAAUUGUAUUAUCCAUCUCCGUUUAAAAGAGCCCUGCGUUGCAUACAAUCAGAUGAUAAAGCAGAACCUGUCAAAAAACGAAGGGAAGUACUACCAGCAGUUGUCACAUCUCCACAAAUGUUGGAAUAUUUUAAACAAAAGGAGGCAAUAAAAAAAGGCGGAGCUCGAAAAAGAACAACGAAAAAUAGCAAGAAAAGAGAAGAAAGCAAUAGAAGCCAAAGAAAAGAAACCACAAAAAAUGGCUACAAAAAACGUCAACAGUCUACUUAA